ACUUCCGGUAAUAUCUACGUUGUUUACUUUCGUUUUAAAAGUGAAACAUGUUGGAUUUUCCAAAAACAAAACAUUUGGCCAAUGGCAUGUUGUAAAGACAAAGAAAGAUCAGAAUUUGACAAUAUGGCAGAAGGUGAGGAAAGAGAUUCCUUAAGAGAGAUACAUGUACCUGUUAAAAAGACAGGAUUGUUUGGAUCUGUAUAUUACAACAAUCCUCCUUCAUGGAAAGAAUGGUACAAACCGGGUGCACUUCCAUUUCUGAAGAUGAAAUGUUUGGAAAAAAAUGAAGCAGGAAUACCCUCAAAUGAGGAAGAUUUAAACAAAGAACUGCCAGUUCAUAAAAUUGAUGGAGAGGGGAAAAAAACUCUGGAAAGACCUAAAUCUGACAUCCAAUAUAUGUGGAUUGGUCAUGCUACAUUUUUAGUUCAGUUUGAUGAUAUAACAGUAUUGACAGAUCCAGUUUUUCUCUAUCGCUGUUCACCAGUACAGGUAGUAGGACCUUACAGAUAUCGACCCACUCCAUGUGAAAUUGAAGAUCUACCCAAAAUUGAUGCAGUAAUUGUUAGUCAUAAUCAUUAUGAUCAUUUGGAACAUGAUGCUGUUAUUAAGUUGAAUAACAGAUUUAGCAAAAUAAAAUGGUAUGUUCCAGAAGGAACAAAGACAUGGUUUCAGAAGUAUGACUGUAAUAAUGUGAAGGAAAUGACUUGGUGGGAAGAGAAUACCUUGAGCGAUGAAAGACUUGAUGUAAAAUUUUGCUGUGUACCAGCUCAACACUGGAGUCAAAGAACACCUAUAGAUGCAAUGAAGAGUCUAUGGUGUGGCUGGGUUAUAAAAGCUAAACAUACAUUUUACUACUCAGGAGAUACAGGAUACUGUCCUGUCUUUAAAACAAUUGGUGAAAAAUAUGGACCCAUGGACCUAUCAGCAAUACCCAUAGGCUGCUACGCUCCAAGAGACUUUAUGAAACCACAGCAUAUUGGUCCAAAAGAAGCUGUCAUGGUACAUGAAGAAGUUGGAUCUAAAUUCUCUGUUGGUAUACACUGGGGUACAUUUAAUGGACUUGGCUCACAUGAGUUUUAUCUAGAGCCAAGAGACCUGUUGAUAGAGGAAGUUGAAAAAGCAAAAAAAGUGAAUAAGAACUUGGGUGAUUUUAUCACUGUCGAGCAUGGUGAAAUUAAAACUAUUGAUGAUAGUGUUGGCGCAAAACUGUAAAUUCAUUGAAAGUGAUUGAUUCAAACAGCAGGAUCAGAAAAGAGUCAUUGUACCUAUUUCAAAACUACAGAAAUUUGAGCAUGUAUUUUGUUUAUUUUUAUGUGUCUUGUUUUUAAGAGUUGUUUCCCAUGUUUUUUCAGAAGUUAAUAAAUUUGCAAAUUGUGCUUCAGGUCUUACACAAAAGAAUAUAUAUUCAACAAAGAAACUCUAUCUCUUUUGACUUCUUAGGAGUUAUUGUUAAUUUAAAAAAGAACAAUAUCAACAUUGACAAAAGAAAAAGAUAAAAAUGCAAAGAAAAGUCUACAAUAACACUUCACAGAAACCAGUGUGUGUUUUCAUGUUUGUUUGUUAAGGUUAAGUCAAAAAAUGUUUUUUUUUUGUAUUUAUGAAGUAUUUAAAAUAAUUGAAUUUAAUUGAACUAUCCAUAGUAAUUGUGUUUUUUGAAUGCAUUAGAAUAUAAAUGCAGCUGUUCACCAAAAUGACCAACUAGAAGUUAUGUGAAUUAUAGCCAAAAAGAUUAUCAUUAAUUAAAUGCAAAAUAUUGGUACUUGUGUAAAUAGUUUUGAUAAUCAAAUGAAUUGCCUGGAAAGGAGAAGAAAGAUAAUGAGAGGAUUUAGUAAAGAUUUUAUUAACCGGAUUUCCGAAGGAAAAUCGGUUAUUGAUUUGGGGAUGUACAACGGGCGGGUGGUCGGGUGGCUGCCAAACAGUGUCCGUUCAAAAACAUGAAAACGCUAUGACCAAAUUUUUUCAAAGUUAGAUAUGUUGUUUCCUGUGACUAAAUGAAGGUCAAAUUCAAUUUUCACGAUUUUAACUUUUCUCCUGGUUGAGUUAUUGCCCAUUUUGAUAUCCAAAAGUGGUACUUCUAAUGUGAUUGAGUUAUUUCCCUUUGAACAGAAAUUGUUAAUUAUAUAUAUAAAGUUUGAUUACACUAAGUGUUUUUAAAUAAUUUUCACCUGUUAUCAGAUUACAAAGCAUAUGGUAAAUGUCUUAUGACACAAUUAUAAUUGGAGUGACAGAUUUAUUUGAAAAUUUUCUGUUUCCUAAGUGCUGAUGAUUAUAAGCUAUAUAGUAAGAAAUUUACUGUUCAUUUUUGUCGAGCCUUCGACUUUUGUCGCAGAAAACUCAACAUAGGGAAAGUGAUCUGGCGGCGGCAGCAGCAUUAACUAACUUCUUAAAAGCUUAAUAUUUCAGAAGGUAGAAGACCUGGAUGCUUCAUACUUUGUAUAUAGAUGCCUUAUGAUAUGAAGUUUCCGUCUGUCAUAUGUCCAUUGUCCUGACCUCAUUUUCAUGGUUCAGUGACUACUUGAAAAAAAGAUAAGAUUUUUUGUAAUGUUAAUUUCUCUCUUAUUAUGGGUAAUAGGAUAACUAUAUUUGGUAUGUGCGUACCUUGCAAGGUCCUCAUGCCUGUCAGACAGUUUUCACUUGACCUCGACCUCAUUUCAUGGAUCAGUGAACAAGGUUAAGUUUUCGUGGUCAGGUCCAUAUCUGAGAUACUGUAAGCAAUAGGUCUACUAUAUUUGGUAUAUGUAAUGAUUGUAAGGUGUACAUGUCCAACUAGCAGGUGUCAUCUGACCUUUACCUCAUUUUCAUGGUUCAGUAGUCAUAGUUUAGUUUUUGUGUUUUGUUCUGUUUUUCUAAUACUGUAUGCAAUAGGUCAACUGUAUUUGGUGUAUGGAAAUAUUUUAUGAUGUUCAUGUCAGUCUGGCAGGUUUUAUUUGACCUUGACCUCAUUUUCACAGUUCAUUGCUCAAUGUUAAGUUUUUGUGUUUUGGUCUGUUUUUCUAAUACUGUAUGCAGUAGGUCAACUAUAUUUGGUGUAUGGAAAUAUUUUACAAUGCACAUGUCAGUCUGGCAGGUUUUAAUUGACCUUGACCUCAUUUUCACGGUUCAUUGCUCAAUGUUAAGUUUUUGUGUUUUGGUCUGUUUUUCUAAUACUGUAUGCAGUAGGUCAACUAUAUUUGGUGUAUUGAAAUAUUUUACGAUGUACAUGUCAGUCGGGCACGUAUCAUCUGACCUUCACCUCAUUUUCAUGGUUGAUUGGUCAAUGUUCGGUUUUUCCUGGUUACCUUUUUUUCUUAGAUACCUUUAGCAAUAGGUCAACUAUAUUUGAUGCAUGGAAUGAUUUGAAGGUGUACAUGUCUGUCUGGCAGGGUUCAAAUGACCUUGACUUCAUUUUCAUGGUUCAUUGGUCAGUAUAGAAUUUCCAUGGUUUGGUCUGUUUCUUUUAUACUAUAAGCAAUAGGUCAUCUAUAUUCUGUGUAUGGAGGGAUUGUAUUAAAGGUGUACAUGUAUUUCUGGCCUGGUUUAUCUGACCUUGACCUCAUUUUCUUGGAUCAUAAAUGUUAAUGUGAUACUUGUAGACAUUGUAUUAAUGAUAAAAUUUUGGAUUUUUUUUUUCUUUCUUUGGUUAAUUGUUUGAAGAAUUUAGUAGUAGGUUUGUUUGUUAUUCUGUAAAAACUCAUUUUCUGAAUGCUAUAUCUCAUUUUUUUUUUAUGAAGUGAACUCCUUUAAAAACUAAGCUUAUAUCAUGUAUAUUGUCUUUUAAUAAACAUAUAUUUAGA